AUGAGUCUACCGAGUUUAGAGAUAUCUAAAUCAAGUGCCAGUGAGGAGAAUUUAGAUAAUGUGUCGAAGCCUAUCAGUAGUGGUACUUUGAGAAGUAGUUCAGUACCUUCACCAGCAAGUGUCAAUGUAUUGUCACAGGGGACUCGGGAUCAAGGUAACCUUUCUGAGCUGUCAAAAAGCUCUUGGCAGCUUCAAAAUGAAAUCAAUGGCAUCUUUGAGGAGUUAUGUAGCGUGAAUCGUCAAGUAAGGGUGGAUAUUGAUGAUUUUUGUCACAUUCGUGAUAACUCUACUACAAACAUUAACAACGCAACUCAAGUUGAUUGA